UCGGACUUCAACCAUUGGCCAUCGCGGCGAUACGUCGUAUCACCACCAAUAUAAUAAUUUAUCGUGCGUACGUUUGUCGUUUACACCUGGUUGGUAUUUUUUUAUCGUCGUGAAGUUUACGUGACGUGUUACUAACAUUAGAAUAUAAUAUAUUACUGUUGUAAAGUACCGUUUGGUUAUCGCCGUCGUCGUAGGCCAAUAUUUUGAUUAUUCAAAGUAUGUAAAUUAACCCGUAACCGCACCAUGCUCCCGGAGUAAAUGUUCGAUUUAUGUACGAACCGAAACAGCAAUAAUGGCCGGACAAAAGUUUCAGUACGACGAAAGCGGAGCGACAUUUUUCUAUUUUCUAUUGUCGUUUCUGGCUCUUCUGCUAGUCCCCGGCACGUACUACUGGUGGCCCAGAAAACAGAAAGAAGAUCCAAAAGCGUUGGCAUCUGAAUGCUAUUGUCCAGGAUGUCGAAAAAAAAAACUCGUCCUGCAGUCUACCAAACCGUGGGAACUGAUGAAAAGGACGUGCAUAAAAGUCAUCAUUAUUGCUGGCUGGGCGUUGUUAGCUUUCCUCGCCUACAAAGUUUCUCAGUUUGAUUACGAGAGUGCAAGUUUUGAUCCGUAUGACAUUCUCAAUGUUCCAAUUGGAACUAGUGAAAAAGUAAUUAAAAAAGCUUACAGAAGAUUAUCAUUAAUUUACCAUCCAGAUAAGGAGACUGGUGAUGAAAAAAAAUUCAUGAAACUUACUAAAGCUUAUCAAGCCUUAACUGAUGAUGAGUCCAGGAAAAAUUGGGAAAAAUAUGGGAAUCCAGAUGGACCUGGUGCGAUGAGUUUUGGAAUAGCAUUACCAUCGUGGAUUGUAGAGAAAGAAAAUUCAGUUUGGGUCUUAGGUCUGUAUGCUUUAGUUUUUAUGAUUGCACUGCCUACUACAGUUGGUAUGUGGUGGUAUAAGUCUAUCAGAUAUUCUGGAGAUAAGGUUUUAUUAGAGACGUCUCGGAUGUACUAUUAUUUUUUACAUAAAUCAAAUUCAAUACCUUUGAAACGGGUUAUAAUGAUUUUAAGUGCUUCAUUGGAAUUUGAAAAAAAAUACAAUAGUGAAAUUGUUGAACGAUCUUCAGAUGAACAUGAAAUGCCUCAACUUAUUAAACAACUUUAUAAUUUUGGAGAAAAAGCACAAAAAGAACCACCACUAUCCUAUAAUUAUUCAAUAAAAGCUAGAGCUUUAAUACAUGCACAUCUGUCUCGACUGGUACUUAAGGCAGAUACAUUAGAUUUAGAUCGUAUGUACAUAGUGAAGAAAUGUCCAUAUUUAAUUCAAGAAAUGGUUGGUGUUGUUUCUCAAUUAAUUUUACUAGCAUAUGCUCAAAGAGUGCCUCGGUUACUUAAUAUUGAAACCAUAGAAAACUGUAUGAAACUUUGUCCCAUGGUGAUCCAAGCAUUAUGGGAGUACAAAAGUCCAUUUAUGCAAUUACCAUACAUUUCAGAAGAUCACAUAAAACAUUUUGACAAUAAAAAGAAACGUGUUAGAAGUAUUCAGCAUCUUGCUCAAUUAAAAAAUGAAGACAGGCGCAGCACAUUAAAAUUUUUAUCCGAUAGUCAGUAUGAAGAUUUAGUAAAAGUUUUAGGUAGAAUGCCCUAUAUAGACUUUAAAGUUCGUUGUGAAGUUAUUGAUGAUGAAGCUACUACAGUUUAUACAGCUGGAGCUAUAGUAACUGUGACUGUGCAGUUGAAAAGACGAGAUAUGAGAGUAUUGUUUGGUGACGAAUCGUACGCAGACAAGCAUCAUAUUGAACUAGAAAAAAAUGCUGCUAAAGAAACAGAGAAACCAGAUAAGUUAGAGAAACCUCUAUCUAAUGGAGAUGUAAUAGAAAAUAAUGAAGAUAUUGAAAACAAAGAAACAAAAGAUGACGAAAAAGAAAAAAAAGUAACUAAAGGUAUUUGGCAGCAAAAACGCCAAUCGGGAAAGGGUAAAAAAAGUGGAAAUGUCAAAAAACCAAAAGCUACUUUGUCAGCAUCAGCUAAGAAGAAAAUCAAAAAGAAAGAAAAAUUGGAAAAAGCAAAAUUAGGAGAUCCUGAAACUAAAGAAACUGAAAAAGAUAAAACUGAAGAUGAUAAGACCGAAGAUAAAGAUCAAUUAAAAGAUAGUAAUGCGUCAUCAGAUGAUGACUCUGAUUCAGAUAAUGAAAGUUCCAGCGAUGCUUCUGGAGAGGAAUCAGAGAAGACAGAUGCUGAAGAUACAGCAGAUGAUAAAAAAAAGGUUUCAGCAAACAAUGAUGACGACGAUGAUGAUGAUUGGGACAAGUUUCAAUCUGGAGCUAAUAAAAAAGACAGAGUACUUGAGGGCAGAACUAAACAGUCACAUUUGGUUCACUCCCCAUAUUUUCCUGAGGAAAAACAUGAAUAUUGGUGGGUUUAUUUAAGUGAUCGGAAAAGUCGUACAUUAUUGACUGUUCCAUAUCAUGUCACUGAACUUGUUGAUGAAGAAGAAAUCCAAUUAAAAUUUACAGCUCCUAGGUGGCCUGGAGUUUACGUAUUUGCAGUUUGUCUUAGGUCAGAUUCAUACUUUGGUUUUGAUCAAAUGCAUGACAUCAAAUUGGAUGUAAAAGAAGCACCAGAACCUUUGACAGAACAUCCACAGUGGGAUAUUUCUGAUGAAGAAGAUGACACUAAAGAAGAAGAUAAGCAAAGUGAUAUUUCAGAGUUUACUACUGAUGAAGAUGUCGAAGAUUAAAUAAUAUAAAAGCUUUGGGUGACCUGACAAACAAAGAAGUUCAAAACAAUAAGUAGAGUUUAAAAUCAUCCAUAUUAAUUUACCUCCCUUGUAACCAGGGAUGUGUGGCUGAAGUAACAGUUCGUUGUUAUCAGAUUAUAGGUACUUUAAAUUAUUUAAUAUAUUGGAUAUGAUUUAUUUUUGACACUUCAGAAACCGUACAAUAAGGAUACGCUACUGGUAAAUGUGAACUUAUAAAAGACUAUAAUAAUAGUAGGCUAUAAACGUAUACAAAACGUUUGAAACAAUUGUAUCUUUCUAUUCUUCUUGAAAUCAAUGACGAUGUACGUUACUAAUUGUGUGUACUAUAUUUCUUAAUUUUUGUUAUUCCUAUUCAAAUUAUUUUUUUAUUUUUUAACUUAAAAUGUCUGUUGCUAAUACGGCUAUGAUCUGUCAUUAAAGAACAAUUAUUAAAUAGUAAAUACCCAUUUAAGAACGCAGUAAGAUGAACAACAGAAUUAAUACAAGUUUAUCUGCCCAUAGAAAAAUCGCACAUUUUUUUUUUUAAUUAGUAGCAAUUGAACUAGCUUCUCGGUUGCGACAUUAUUUUAUUGUUGAUAACAUUGUAUGAUUCUAGUUAAACAAAAUAAUAUGUAUAAUGAUUGACAGUUCCUUAUAGUCCUUGUUUUAUACCACCGUUAAUAGAAUUUAAUAUUAGUAUCACUUGUGCCUUCUUACUAAUACAAAUUUAUAUGAAGGUACAUUUUCCAUUUUUCAAAAAUGGAUCAUCUCUCAAAGGCACAAUUAAGCUUUGUUUUUAAAUGUCUUAUUACUUAAUGAACUAUUAUUUAUGCAACUGUGCAAUUGUAUAUUAAUUUAUUUUCAAAAAGAAGUAAAUAGUUGUACUAUUUUAAUACUUAAAUUGUUCAUAACACUGUGUAUUUUAAUUUGUAUAACUAUUAUAAUAACAUAUAAAACGUGUGGCAAAUUAUUUUGAAAAAUAUAUUUUUAGUGUCAAAAAUUACCUUUUUUUUUUUUUUUUGAGUGGCCAUUAAUUACAAAAUAGAUACCUAUUAUGAGCAUAUGGCUAUUUACCUGUCAAUAAUGAGUAUUAAAUUUUAAUAAUUUUAUCUUAUUUAUUAUUAAUGUAUUUUUAUAAUAUAAAUAUUUUAAUGUUUUACAUGCCAUGGAUUCUAAUCCUUGACCUAUAAUAUGCUAUGCACAAUAUUCCACAUUACACAGCAAAAGUAGACAUAAUUUGGAACUUACACACUUUAGAAUAACUGUCAUAACAAACUAUUAUAAGAGUCUUGUCUAUAUAUGAAUUGAAAACUACUUAAUAAAGAAUACCAUGAUCAUUAGCAAUAUGUAAAAUAUAAAUGCAUUAUGAGUAAAUUAUGACAUAAUAUAUUUUAUUGAUAUAUGAAUAAAAAAUACAAAAUAUGUAUUGAAUUAAAUUAAAUUAAAUUUUUAAAAGUACAAUACUAGGAAAUAUCUUAUUGAUAAGUAUUUAAAUCUAUGAUGAUAAAUGUGGUUUAAACAAUAAAUUAACGACAGAAACUAGGAGGAAUUCCAUCAUCUGUCCUAGCACGCUUUCUCGCUUGCAUACCGGAAAAAAAUUCUUGCACGUCUUCCACUUUAACAACUUUAUCCUCUUUAAAGCUGCCCAGCCACUCUCCUAGUUCUUCUUUGAACUGAUUAUACUCUGAAAUAUUAAAAAAUAAA